AUGGCGGCGGUUCGGAAACCGUAUUAACUUUAUAACAUACUAGUAAUAACAGCUGCAAUCACGUAUGCCUUUUUUUCUCGCAGUGCAUUAGAAAUAUUGAUAUAUUACUAUUUGAAUACGACUUCAGGCCAUGUUGAAUUUACUGUCGAUAUCAGCAGGACACCUUCCAAAAGGCUUACAUUAGCUGGACACGACUUGGAAUUUUGAAGGCAAGGAACAAAGCUCGAGUAUUCAGACUGACUUGAUAUUAUGAUAAAGAAAAUACAAUUUAAAUAAUCCUUUCAAUUCAGUGUUGUAACGCUACUGAAAUAUGCCUAUUUAAAUGAGCUGGGCUGGGUAAUGCUUCCCAUAUUCAGCCGGAAUUGUUUUAGUUUGUGUGGAAACGUAAACGUUAGACAAGCAGCGAGUUACCGUUAGAGGAAUUUGAGGGCCUUUCAAAGACAACUAAUAGAUUAUUAUCAUCUCAAUAAAUAGAGAAAACACAAGUUAUUCACUUUUUUACUUAAGCUAAAUGGGCUGACCAUUGUUGUGAACACAUGCAGUCCAGCUGCUUGCUUUCUCUCCCAUGGAGCCCCGCGGCACGGCGGGAAGCUUGAGUCUGCUCUGCUCCUCUCAUGGCUCUGCCUAGCGCUCUGUUUAUGUUAGGACAGGGCACACUUAUCCACUGAUAAUGGAUGAUUCCAAGCCAAGGUUCAGCAAAAGGCUGCGGGCCGGUACCAGGCGACGUUACCAUGACGACGGCAUCUCAGAUGAGGAGAUUGAUGGAAGAAGGAUGUUUGACCUGGAGGACAAGGUCCACAGUCAGAGGUUCGGCUCUGACCGGGUUCUGCGCAUGGAGGGAAAAGACUUGACAUACGAGUUUGUCCAGAGAGGGGGCCUGAGAGACCCAAUCCUCUUUGAGAAGCCUGAUGGACUGGGAAUCAAGAUGCCUGAUCCAGACUUCAGUGUCAAUGACGUGAAGAUGUUUGUCGGGAGCAGGCGUAUGAUCGAUGUGAUGGACGUGAGCACUCAGAAAGGGACAGAGAUGUCCAUGGCCCAGUGGACACGCUACUACGAGACCCCCCCGUCUCAGCGAGAGAAGCUCUAUAAUGUCAUCAGCCUGGAGUUCAGCCACACAAAGCUGGAGAACCUGGUCAGGAGGCCCACCACAGUAGAUUUAAUAGACUGGGUGGACAACAUGUGGCCCCGUCACCUGAAGGAGAGACAGAGGGACUCAACCAACUCGAUCACCGACAUGCAGUACCCCAAAGUCCAGAAAUACUGCCUGAUGAGUGUGGAGGGCUGCUACACUGACUUUCACAUUGACUUUGGAGGGACCUCCGUGUGGUACCACAUCCUCAGAGGAAGCAAGGUGUUCUGGCUGAUCCCUCCCACCCCUCCGAACCUGGAGCUCUAUGAGAACUGGGUGCUGUCGGGGAAGCAGGGAGACAUUUUCCUGGGAGACCGAGCAUCUGACUGCCAGAGGGUUGAGCUGAAGCAGGGCUGCACCUUCAUCAUACCCUCAGGUUGGAUUCAUGCAGUGUACACCCCUGUGGACACCAUGGUGUUUGGAGGAAACUUCCUGCACAGCUUCAACAUCCCCAUGCAGCUCAACAUCUGUAAUAUAGAGGACAGGACGCGGGUUCCUUUGAAGUUCCGCUACCCCUUCUACUACGAGAUGUGCUGGUACGUGUUGGAGCGCUACGUCUUCAGCAUGACCAAAACCUCCUACCUCACACCAGAGUUCCAGAAACACACGCUGGGCAUCGGUCUGAAGAAGCCGGUCAGCUCAGAUCCAGCCAGUGAGGAGCUGAAGGAGGAGGAGGAGGAGGGGGGGGAGGAGGAGGGAAGCAAUGAGGAAGAGUCUGACGUUAAACUUCAUCUGACUCCUCUUGAGCUGGAGGGGAUGUGGAACCUGCUGGGUAAACUGGAGGCGUUGCCCUCCAACAAGAAGUGUGUCCCCGCAGGCAUACACAACGCCCCAGCACUCAUCACGCACAUCAAGGCUCUGCUGAAGGAACACGCCAGUGACAACCCCAAACUGUCCUACUCAGGGAAGCCCAUCGUUAAGUGGCCUAAGAGACCCUCAUGGUACCAGCCUCCUCCUCCUCCACCACCUCCUCCUCGUCCUAAACUGGCCUCUACUCCCAUCACCCCCCGGCCACAGAAGCCAGCCUCCUCCAUGUCUGUGCUAAGGCGGCGCAGAGUCAGGUGUAAGCGCUGUGAGGCCUGUAUGAGACCAGAGUGUGGAGACUGUAACUUCUGCAGAGACAUGAAGAAGUUUGGAGGACCAGGGAAACUCAAGCAGACCUGUGUGCUCCGGCAGUGUCUCUCCCCGGGCCUUCCUCUGUCUGCAGUGUGUGAGAUCUGCAAAGAGCCAAAUCAGGAGGAGACUGGAGACCCCUCCCUCACUCUGAUGGAAUGUUCCAACUGUGCACAGAUAGUCCAUCCUGCCUGCCUCACGGUCCAGGGUGAGGGAGUGGUGAACAAAGACCUGCCCAGCUGCUGGGAGUGUCCAAAGUGUGUCCAAGGAAUCACUGACCCAGAGUCAUCAGGCAGCGAUGAGUCGUUGGCUGCAGGCCACCAGCAGCACAUCCGUCCCCAUGGCCCCCUGGUCCUCAGACUGGGCCCCGGGCCCUCUGCUACCAUAGGGGGUCCUGUGGGCACCCAGCAGGAUGGGGAGGUGAUCCGCUGUGGGUUCUUCCCUCCUCCUCUUCUUCCUUCCUGCUCUCCCUCCUCCUCACUUCUAUUGGUGGCGGCCCCUCUGCCUUCUCAGCCAAUCAGCUCGAGACUGUCUAAAGGGGACAAAGGGGAAGGCCUUCCGGGGAAGCGGAAAUCGUCCUCGCUGCUGGACGCCCGUAUGGCUAAGAUUUACCGGCGACAGAGACACAGCCACGAUGGAGACGACUCGGCCAGCGAAGACGAUGAUGAAGCCUCUCAAAGAAGAAAGGUUCUCCAUGCCCGAGGGGGGGGGCACUCUGCCAGGAGGGGCUUUGGGGCCAGCAGGAGGGGGCUGCUGAGAGGAGGCUCGGCCCGCAGGGGGGGGCACAUGGCUGCUGGCUCCUCCUCAUCACUCAAGCUGAAAAGAGGGAUGGGCGUGAGGGAAGGGGGGCGGAGGGGGCGAGGGGUGAGGCUGAGAGGAGGCUCCAGGAUGCAGCGAAGAGGAGACGAGUCGGAAGAGUCGGACGAUGACGACGACGAUGAUGAAGAGGAGGACGAGGAAGAAGACAGCGAAGACGCAGACAAAGAACAACUGCCCCAUCGACGGAGGAGGAGGCACCGGACUGAUGACGAAGACGAGGACGAAGACAGUGAGGGGCAGGACUUUGACCCCGAAGAGGAGGACAUGGACACGCUGGAAGAUGAAGAGGAAGAUGAGGACGAGGAAGGGCGUUGGGAUUCCGACCCAGAACCCCCAGUGCUCCUGGUGUCAGAUCUGAAUGAUGACCUGCUGAGCGGCUCCUACCUGACGGUCACCCUGCAGCGGCCCCACAGGGCCAAGAGACAUGCAGGCUCCAUAGUUCCAAAGCUAGAAGCAGCCAUGGGUGUGAGGAUGGCUGCGGGGGGGGCUGCAGGUCAGCAGGGCUUCAUCCAGAGGAAGACGGCUUUGUCCAAACCGUCCCGACUGAAGAGUGCUGACUCAGCAGCUGACAGCGUCCCCCCUAGAGGACCGGGCAGGCCACGUCUGCGAGGGAACCAUGGCGACAGAGGCCAUCGAGAUCACUCUGUGACUUCCUCAGAGGAAGAGGAAGUGGCUGCUUCUUCUGGGCCCUCUUCCCUGUCUCCCCCCUCCCUGCUGUCUCUGCCCUCCUUUAAGGACGUGGGCAACGAGAGUGGGGGGGAGAAGGAGGUGUGGGUAUCAGUGUUCCAGUACCUGGACCGAGCACAGCUGCUUGCCUGCAUGACCGUCUGCAAGGCCUGGUACAAGUGGAGCUGUGACAAGCGUCUGUGGAGCCACGUGGACGUGAGCCGCUGCAGCCCACUCAGCAACCAGGCGCUGGCCGGCAUCGUCAAACGCCAGCCCACCUCUCUGGAUCUGUCCUGGACCCCCCUGGCCAAGAGACAGCUCAACUGUUUGCUUACCAGACUCCCAGGUCUGAGGGAGCUGAGGGUGACGGGUCUGUCCUGGUCCUGCCUGUCAGCCCUGGUCUCCCCCACGCUGCCCUUCCUGCGGCUGCUGGACCUGCGCUGGUGUGAAGGCCUCAAAGACGCCCAGAUUAAAGAGGUCGUCACCCCCCCGGGCUCGGAGUCGUCCCGCAGCAGACUGAGGAACAUGGUGACACUGUGCCUGUCCGGGCUGGAUGUCAGUGAGUCCACCCUGAGGCUGCUGCAGCGCCACAUGCCGCAGCUACAGAGGCUGGACCUAGCUCACUGUAAGGACAUCACCGACUCGUCCAUCAGCCUGCUGGCAACCGCUGGCUCACACAGCCGCAACAACCUCACUGAGCUCACUCUGGCAGGUUGCAGCGAGCUGACCGACGGCUGUCUGACCUACCUGAAGCGUUUGUCUGCUCUGACUCUGCUGGACCUUAGAGGCUGUAAGGGCAUCAGCAGACGGGCCUGCGACGCCUUCAUCUCUGACCUGUCUCACGUCGCCCUCUUCUGUAUGAUGGAGGAGAAGCUCAUCCAGCGCCUGGAUUAACACACACAAACACACACACACACACACACACACACACACACCUGUUCACUGUUUCAGGGUCGACUGUCAGAGAGAAGAAACAUGCUUCUGCGUCUGUAGUUCUUUUUUAAAACAUGAAGAGCAGUUGGCUCUCAUGCUUUUUUCAAAACGUCAAUGUAUCUUUGAAAAAGCCUUCAGUUGUUGACUGAAUUGAGAGGAAUUGCCUUGCUCAAGGGCACCUCUCCAGCUCGACGUUCACACUCCCUUUUUUUGGUCCGCCCGGGAUGUGAACCAGUGACCUUUCAGUUCCCAGACCAAGUCCCUACAGACUGAGGGCUUUUCUUCAUAUCUUCUAUCAAUGCUGGAAUGCACCCCCCAUGUUUAUCCAGUCAGUUUGUUAGAGCAGCUUUUCUGUGAACACACUGACGCAGUUCUCUUUAUUACUUUUGGGAUUAAAAGUCUGUUACAUUAGGGAUAAAGUUUGUCCUUGAACAGAUCAAACAUGUUUGGUGUGUGUACAGUACAUUUCAUGUAUAUGUGUUUAUUUCGUUCUGUUUCAGCCAUGUUAUGAUUCACUCAGAACAUUGUCAUUGUAUAUAUUUUUUUUCUAACUUUGAAAACCUAAUAAAAUGUAAAUGGCUGAACCUCCUA